AUGGGAGAGCUUCAUCAUCUCCUGGAGAGGUCCAGUGAGUACUCUGUGACGGCUAUUGUGUCCCCCAACGGCACUUUGAACUACAUUGCGGACAACGCUUUAUUGUACCAAGAAACUUACGAUGAAGUUAUAGUCAUGGCUGGGACUAACGACAUCAAUGACCAAGGUUAUGUUGUCACAAAGCGUGUGCUGUUGGUCACGGACAGCCAUGGGAGGCAGCUCCAUCAUCUCCUGGAGAGGUCCAGUGACUAUUCAGUGACUGCAAUUGUGUCCCCCAACGGCAUUAUGAGUUACAUUUUGGACAACGCGCUGCUUUACCAAGAGAAGUACGAUGAAGUUGUAGUCAUGGCUGGGACCAACGACAUGAAUGACAAAGGAGUUCAUGAUGUGCACGUCAUCUUCAAGGAACGCAUUGGCAACGAUCUGAGACGGUACAAUUUGCCUGCCUGCAGAAGUGACAUUGCUGCAGUUUACACAGGUGAAGAGCCGCCCAGAGAUGUAGAUUUGGUUGUCUACCCGCAGGGGAGUGACCGCAGAAAUCAGAUCAAGAAUCUGAACAGCCUUGCCUAUCCAAUGGUGUACUCUCUCCUAUUUCCCAACGGGGAAUACGGAUACAGAACGGGUGUACCACACAGACAGACAAACAGAACAGUGACUUUGAGACAAUUUUACUCGUGGCGAUUGGCCGUCAGAAAUGGCUUCUCCAUCCUGCACAACGGAGGAAAGUUGUUUCAACAGUACAUUGUUGACGCAUGGUGUAAAGUCGAGGCAAAUCAACUUUGGUUCAUUCGGCAGAACCAGCGAUCACUGAGAGUGGAAAAUUAUCGUGGUCUUCGUAGGUACCUGGAAGAAAGAGCGCGUGCGUUGGGAGCUCGGGUUGGAAAAUUGGUAGUGCUCCCAGCCAUGACUGUAGGAUCGCCGCGUUAUAUGCAGGCCAGGUACCGCGAGGCCAUGGCGAUUGUGGCACGUUACGGGAAACCAGAUCUCUUCAUUACUUUCACAACAAAUCCUAAUUGGCCCGAAAUUCAAGAGAAUCUGGAACAUCACCAACGCUUUGAACACCGACCGGACUUGGUCUGUCGCGUGUUCAAAUCAAAAUUCACAAAAUUCCUCGACGACUUGAGCAAAGGACAGGUGCUAAGUGUUACACAAACGUACACCUACGUAAUCGAAUUUCAAAAAAGGGGGCUUCCACAUGCCCACGUUUUGAUCACAAUGAGACCUGAAGGCAAAAUUACGAUCGACAAUGUAGAUGACAUUGUCUGUGCCGAGUUCCCCAACCGUGACAUGGACCCAACACUGUACGACAUCAUAGUUGAACACUAUGUUCACAGACCCUGUGGAGCCAACAAUCCCGUCGCCCCCUGUAUGCGAGACGGUAAGUGCUCCAAAGGCUAUCCGAUGUCGUUCAAUGAUGAGACCAUAAUUGAUCACGUCAGGAGACCUGUUUAUCGCAGGCGACGUGACGGCCGAACAGCAGUCGUCGAGGAAAACGGUAAUCGACAACCGAAGAAUUGUGCCAUACAACCGGUACUUUGCAAAAAAAUACAUGUGCCACAUCAAUUUCGAAGUCUGCGCCACACACUCUCGAGCAUGAAGUACCUCUACAAGUAUGUACACAAGGGCGCAGACUGUAUCACAAUUCAAGCCAGUGACACUGGCGAACAAACACUUGACUGGGACGAAAUUCAAAAUUAUUUGGACUGUCGUUACGUCAGUUCAACGGAAGCCGCGUACCGACUUAUGACAUUUCCUCUCGCAGACAGAUCACAUUCGGUAAUGACUUUGCCGGUUCAUUUGGAAAAAUGA